AUGAUGGCCCCGGACACUAGGGUCCUGAUGGCUCCUGCGUCCCGAGUCCUCUUCUACGUGACUCCUGAGAAUGGAUCAAAAACCGAGAAUGGUGCUGGUGCAGCGUUCUACAUUCCAGAAUUGGAUAUCAGAGGUAAAUUCUCCCUGCAAGAAGGAAUAUCCAGCUACUCAGCUGAGCUUAUAGCCAUAUUGCAAGCAACCUUCACACUCGCCACCAUCAGACAAAAAGACAUCAUAAUAUUCUCCGAUUCACAAGCAGCCAUAACAGCACUGAGUAACGUAUACAACUACUCCAAAGGGGAAGGUAUUCCGUUUAACUUGUACAGACUUAAUUUUAAGGCAUUUGGAAAUUAUCUCAUUACAGAUCUUGUUCAUAACCAAUUUGCAUGUCACUUGACAGGUGUAUCACUUCAGUACCUGAUCGGUUCCUUCUUGCCCUGGUAUUGGCUGGCCUUCAUCAACGGAUGUAUCCCUACAGUUGCGUUCAUCUCUGCGUUCUUCUUACCCGAGUCUCCCCAGUUCUUGAUCAACAAGGGUCGGACUGAGGAGGCAAGAGCUGCUCUGCGAAAAGUAAGAGGGGCCUCAUGUGAUGUCGAUGACGAGUUGCAAGACCUGAUCGACUUCGUCAACAAAUCAGCGGCCAAAAACGCGACAAGUGAGCCAGCAAAAACCAGCGUCCUCAGUGAGGUCUUGAAACCUGCGGCACUCAAACCCUUCACCAUCCUUGCGCUGUACUUCCUCCUCCUACAGUUCUCCGGGCUCAACCCCGUCACGUUCUACGCUGUCGAGAUCAUCCAGGAGUCCGGGGCCAACAUGAACAAGUACGCUGCCACGAUCAUCCUAGGACUGGUUAGACUGGGGUUCACUGUUAUCUCUUGCAUCCUGAUGAGGCGGCUGGGCAGGCGACCCAUGACAUUCAUGUCCAGUGUUGGCUGUGGAUUAACUAUGGUCGGGCUGGGAUCCUACAUGUACAUGGGAGAGCAAUGGGCGGCCGAGGGCAAGGAGAAGUCCGCCACUUGGAUUCCGAUCCUCAACCUCUUCGUUUUCAUGACCGCCUCGACCAUGGGGUACCUCACGGUGCCUUGGGUCAUGAUCGGGGAAGUUUAUCCAUCCAAGGUAAGGGGGAUCAUGGGGGGUCUCACGACUUUCGUGGGCCACUUCUGCAUCUUCCUCGUCGUCAAGACCUUCCCGCUCUUCCAGUCAAUCAGCAAGUUCGGGACGUUCAUCUUCUACGGGGUCGUAUCCCUCCUGGCCACCAUCUUCUUCUACCUCUUCCUGCCGGAGACCCAAGGUCGCACCUUGCAGGAGAUCGAGGACUACUUCAGCGGCAGGACGAAGACUCUGGGACCGUCGAAGGACACCACUAACAACAACAACGUGAAGAAGACCAGUAUGAGUGGGCCCUGAACUAUUGCUCAAAUGUAGGAAACUAUUACAUUUUAUAAAUGUAAUAGUUAGAAUACCAAAGAAUACUGUACUCCGAACCUCAGAUGCUUCGACAUUCGAGAGGUAUCAAUUCUGUAAAUACGUUUUUCUAGAGAACGUUAGCUGUAAGUACGAAUGGAAUUUUUCAAAAUUGUAAACUCCAAUUACAUUUGAUCCAUUUUUUACAAAGCGUAAUUUAUUUCGGAACAGAAUAUUACGUAUGAAAAUACUUGACUGUGUAUAGUCUAAUUUUGUAAAUAAAUAAAUAGCAACAUUUAUUUAGAAAAA